CUACCACCACCCAUAUGGAAAUGCCCCGACAACUACAAUGAUAUUACAUUUAGUUAUAUACGUUCUUUCUGAGUCCAAGUCGAAUUGUGUGUGGGUAGGUCUUGCUAUAGCGAUAACCUCUGUGUGUUUUGUAUGAUUCGUUGGAACUGAGUAUGCAGCAGUACGAACCAACCAACCGAACGAUACAGUUCGAAAUCGUGUGCGACGUUGUCACACACAGCAUCUGCAAGCAGUUGUGACAUGACAACUUACAUUACUGUACCAUAAGUAUUCUUGCUCUAUUUGGGGGAUGCGAAUAACGAAAGAUUCAUUUGGAAAAUUCACCAAAAAAUUUGUUUCGUGCGUCGAAAAUCGUCAAAUGAAUUAAUUGCAAAAUUAAUAAAAUAAACAACAGAAAGAAAACGAAAGCAUUUGGAAUAUUACAGCGAAAGAGAGUGUGUUUGUGGAAAGUCACAGUGUGGGAGAAAGGAGAAAAAAGAAACAAGUUGAAUUGCGCUACGGGUAAAUGUGAUGCGCUUAUUUUAUCGAUUUUUCCAAUUUAUACGUAAAUUGUGAACUGGUUCAUAGGGCUGUGCAGGGCAGAAAGAGUGCGCACGAUGUUUGAGUGAGAGUUAACGUUUUCUCAAUCAUCUAAUAACUCCAUAUGGUUUACUAAAUAAUAAUAAAUACUAAAAGAUUGAAAUGUUCAACACGCACGGCCUCAUCGUUGUCCUAAUUCUAGCUUUAAUUAAUGCAAAAACAGCCGUUACGGAGAAUGAUUACAUAUACCCAGGUUUUCGAAAGCCACCUCAAUUGCCAUCAGGUUCAAGCUAUGGAAAUUACCUUUUGGCACAAUGGAAUGAAGUGAAUAAUAUUAUUAAGGCAAAGCAACGUUUUCAACAGGAACGUCAACAACAGCAGCAGUACUCAUUCCCAAACAAUGAACAAUUAGCGGAAGAAGUCUACAGACCGGAAUUUACCUAUCAAUUACCCCAAAAUUCGCCAUAUUCAAAUGAUGAAGAGCCAUCGUUUGCCGUUGGACCGGGCCAUCCAAAAUUCUAUGAAAAAGUUGGUAUUCCCAUUAAAGAUGAGGCCAUCAAAUCAAAACAACCAGUGUAUACCUACAAAAAUGUGCUGGGCGCCGAAAAUGAGCCAGUCCAUUUAAGCAACGAUGGUAUUUUUCUCAAGGUGAAAGCUCCAAUGAAUGUCAACCCAAAAAUCAUUGAUACAAACGAUGAUGAUUCAGAUGCUGGCACUGAUAAUACUUAUGAUAUAUCCAAGUCGAAGAAUGUAUUGAUGCUUGAAGACUUGAAGAAAAUUGUUGAGAAAUUGGAUCGCACAGGGAAUGGAAAAGCUAUUGUCAAUGAGCAACAAACGCAAAGCGACGUUGCCAAGAAACCAGUUGACUUGAAUUCAGCUUGGGUAAUUGCAGUCAUUGCUGGCGUUAGUGCCGCAUUUACCGUUGGAUUGCUUGCUAUUGGCAUUGGAUGGUACACUUUGCAGAAGAAAGCAAAGGCAGCAGCGGAUGUCGAUUACCCUGCUUAUGGCAUAACCGGUCCCAAUAAAGACGUUUCACCAUCGUCAGGCGAUCGGAGAUUGGCUCAAAGCGCUCAAAUGUAUCAUUAUCAACAUCAAAAGAAUCAAAUAAUUGCAAUGGAAAAUCAAAAUAGCGGCGAACAAAAUGGCUCUAUGUCCGAUAUCGAAACCGAUGAAGAGAAUGAAGAAGGUGACUACACAGUGUACGAAUGCCCAGGAUUAGCACCAACUGGUGACAUGGAAGUAAAGAAUCCUCUUUUCCUUGAUGACCCAACACCAAUCAAGAAGAGCACAGCGGCAAAACCGCAAUCAUCAUCACCACAGCAGCAACAACAUCAGCAACAGCAGCAACCACAACAAAAACAACAAGUUAAACCCCCACAAUCAAACGAUAAUCCUAAAACUUCAGAUCCAGCCAUUAAAAAAUAGCUUUUCUAAGCCUAAUUUAUAUAGAGGACCUAAAAUUUAUUUUCAAACAGCAACAAUAGCAACAACAACAACAACAAAAAAACAACUAUAUUUAUUAUACUGUAUAUUAUAAAGAAAAAAAAAACAUGAAAAACACUACUGUAUACUCUACAAGCAUGGACAGACAGAUAAACAACCAACAAAUCUUUUAAAUAAAAGAUAUUUAUUUGAAAAUUUUGUGUGAACGCAUACGCUAUGGGGUUUUCUCAGACACAAUUUUUUUUUUCGUUUUCAUUUUAAAUUUAAUUAUAUUCCAACCAAAAUUAGUCAUUAAACCAUAAAAUCAAAUUCAGGUAAAACGGUUUGCUUACGGAACAUUGUUAAAAUGUUGCUUUGCCCCGGUAAUUUUUGUUUUUCUCUCUCUCUCUCUCUCUCUCUUGGAAAAAGACCAAAAUGAAGCAACGAUCGUCGAUGGCUGUUUUUGAAUAUAUAUUGAUUUCUAACAAGGGCAAUUUUGUAAUUGGAUCGAUGUAAGCGCAAAACUGAAUUUAGUUUUAUGGUUUUUGUCAAUCGGUUGUAUACACUGGAUACUAACUAUUUUUUUGUUCCUAAAUAAAAUAUAUGAUGUAUCAUUAUUGUGACGACAAAAAAAAAAUUAAAAUAAUAAAAAUAAACAACAUAACAAAUAAAUUUGUAUAUGUUAAUAUAAAUAUAUAUAUAUUUAAUACCAACAA